AUGGCAAAGACCCUUAAUUCCAUCUGCUUCACCGCUCUUCUGCUAGUUGUCUUGUUAAUUUCCGCCGAAAUCCCGAAGAGCGAGGCUCAGGCUCAGUGUAACAGGUUUUUAGGCGAAGCCAGUGGGGUGAAUCCGUGCACGAGAAGGGCUUGUGAAGCUAGAUGCCCAAUGCAGUACACCGGGUCAUGCAGAGCAGCGUGUGAGGUUCAUGACGGUGAACUGCAUUGCCACUGCUAUGCUCGUUAA